AUGAUUGUUCAGGCUGCGAUGAAGAGCACUGGAGGAAAGCUCAUUCAGAUUCCUUCCAAGGCACUUCCAUUGGUAAAUAAGCAAGCAAUUACAUCAUCUGGACAACUUAUUCUUCCCGAAGCACUCAAGCUUUUGCCACUAUAUAAUCUCGGUAUUUCCUUGGCACUAUUUAUCAAUUUGAAACACAAAAAGUACACCACUUUAGGUUGGUUUGCUCCAUGUGCGCAAGCCUUAACCAAAGGUGUUGGCUUACGAACAGGCGGGAGAAUUGAUGACCGAUCAUUUUGGAUAAACCAUGUGUCUUCAUUGUCUACUCCUUUGGCAAUUCCGCUAGUUUAUCCAAAGGUGAUUGCUGUUCAUGACCUUGAUGCAAAUGAUUGCUAG